AUGGAUGCGCACUGCGGCAUAGCCCAGACUUCCUUCCUCUUCCUGUUGCUGUCAGUGUUCCCUUCAUGCGUGCCGCAGCAAGUUUACAAGACCUGCUUGAAGCAGUCUGAUUGUACCGACCCCUCAUUUCCUAUUUGCAAGAUCUUUUGGAGCAAUGCAGGAGUCAGCAGCAUCCAAAACUCUUUGCAGCAGUACGACGCCAAAGGAGUUGUGUCCAGUGCACUUGCGACUGCGAAUGCCCGUUUUUUGAGCACCAGCGACGCUUAUAACGUGCAGCUGCUAAGCCAGGCAUACGAAGGCCUUAAGAUUCGCAGCAUCUGCAAACCGAUUGACACUUCCACAAGGGGCACUUGCUCUGCUCUGUCAUACCUCCAAAGCGAUCACAUCACCUCCGUUGCUCAAGGAGGCCCGUCAGGACGCAACGCCAUCGUUCUUGACUCGCAUGGAUACCUCUCAAGAUCAGAAUCGAACAGGUUCUGCGGAGCGGUCAGUAGCUAUGCCGGACAAUACCUGGGCUGCGUGGGGGAUCUUUGCAACUCGAUCAACUCUCUUACGAAUCCUCUGCAAGGAACUGCAGCCGUCUGCAGGAAAAUCAUCAACUCUACACGAUUUACAGCAUUCAUGCCGUCGAACAGUUUGUGUGCCACUUCUAUAACUGGGUUGACUUCAAAUGGGUGCUCACAGUUGGAUCAACAGUGCGGAGCCGUUGGGUACUCUUCAUGUGGAAGCAACGGUGUAGCACAGAUUUGCAUGAACGGAAAGUGGGUCAAAUUUGUUCCUUCAACAGGCUACGACUGGAGUUACGCCAACAUCCACAACAACGUGUACUCCCAGACGCUGAUCUCGAUAAGCUGCUUCUGCGCUCUUUCCUUCAUCUUCAUGUGUCUCAAGUCAGGAGUGCGAAUGGUCAGGCCAUCUGGCAAGGUGUCCAGCAACGUAGAGAGCUUGCAGGAGGCUUGGAAUCUUUCUACUUGA